CAUUACUCACACGUGUAAGCACACCAAUCCAUCUUUACACGCUUCUGGUUUCCUCACCAACCUCAAUGGCGCCUUAACCCAGGCUCUCUACUUUCUUCUUUACGCGCACAUUCUCUCUUCAACAAAUUUGAAGUGAGUGGAGAGGAAGAGAGCUCUCUCUCUCUGUAAUUUUAUUUUCCUUUUUUAUCUUGCAUCAAAAGGCCAGCCUUCGACAGUCCAUGGCUGCUUCUUCAUCUCCAUCUCCAUCUCCUUCCACCCUCCUCUUUCGUUCCAAGGCCUCGGAGCGCUUCAUUCCUUAUACUGAAAGGACCUCCAUUUCUUUUCGAUCCCCCAUCACGGGCUCGAAGAAGAAUCCAUUAUUCUGCUCCGGAAUUAAGAAGACCAAUUCUCGAAUUCUACUGGAAAUUGCGGCGAGUGCGGCUCCAAUCGUGGAGACGACGAAGCCCUCGAGCGCGAAUGCCCCCACGAUAGUGGAUGUGGAUUUGGGGAACAGAAGCUAUCCUAUAUAUAUCGGCCCGGGUUUGCUUGAUCAGCCUGAUCUUCUUCAGAGGCAUGUUAAGGGAAAGAGAGUCCUUAUUGUAACAAAUACAACUGUUGCUCCAUUAUACCUUGAGAAAGUUAUCAGUGCUUUAACUUAUGGCAACUCUGGAAUUUCUGUAGAGCAUGUGAUCUUACCUGAUGGAGAGAAAUACAAAGACAUGGACACCCUGAUGAAGGUGUUUGACAAGGCUAUUGAGUCCCGAAUGGAUCGAAAGUGUACAUUUGUGGCUCUUGGAGGGGGUGUAAUUGGUGACAUGUGUGGCUUUGCUGCUGCUGCUUUUCUUCGUGGUGUCAAUUUCAUUCAGAUUCCAACAACCCUUAUGGCUCAGGUGGAUUCCUCUGUAGGUGGAAAAACUGGAAUAAAUCAUCCAUUGGGUAAGAACUUGAUUGGAGCAUUCUUCCAACCACAAUGUGUACUAAUCGAUACAGAUACACUGAACACGCUACCAGACAGAGAAUUAGCAUCUGGUAUUGCUGAAGUGGUGAAGUAUGGCCUGAUUAGGGAUGCAGAGUUCUUUGAGUGGCAAGAGAAAAAUAUGCAAGCCUUAUUAGGAAGGGACCCUAGUGCACUGGCAUAUGCCAUCAAACGUUCUUGUGAGAAUAAAGCUGAGGUUGUUUCCUUAGAUGAGAAGGAGAGUGGACUCCGUGCAACUCUGAACUUAGGUCAUACAUUUGGUCAUGCAAUAGAAGCUGGUCUUGGAUAUGGGGAGUGGUUGCAUGGGGAAGCUGUCGCUGCUGGAACGGUCAUGGCCGUGGACAUGUCCUAUCGUCUUGGCUGGAUUGAUGAUUCAAUUGUGAGGCGGGUGAUUAAUAUCCUAGAGCAAGCCAAGGUUCCCACCGCUCCACCUGAUAUUAUGACCGUGGAGAAAUUCAAGACCAUAAUGGCUGUUGAUAAGAAGGUGGCUGAUGGCUUGCUAAGACUCAUCCUUCUCAAGGGCCCUCUUGGUAAUUGUGUUUUCACAGGAGAUUAUGAUAACAAAGCUCUUGAAGAAACUCUUCGGGCCUUCUGUGAGUCUUAAGUUUGGGCAUAUUCUUUGAUUGUCUCAGCAUACUCUGAUUCAACUAGGUCAAUGUUGCCCCAAUCUAUAUUUGUAUGUCUAUCCAUUUUCCUUUUCUGGGUUAUACUCGCCCAUUACGCAGCCCUGCUUCAAGGGCCCUUAUCUUUUACUUCUUUAUUUAUUUUUGGCUAGUAACAAGGGUAGGUCAGCUUGUUUGGUUUAUUGGGACAAACUUCAAGCGUUCGAACCUUUGGCCUCCCUUACCAAAACUAGGAUGUCUACCGUUGAGUUUAAUCCAAAGGGACAAGGCUUCAAGCGUCAUUAUCGAUAGCAUUGUAAACACAUAUAUGCUUUUCGUGGUCUCCAUAUACUUGUUACCUGUGUUGAUCUGUAUGAAGUAUCUCUCCACGAAAGUCUCGCAUCUGUAGUCAGGACAGGUGUAGGCUUAACUCUUGCACACUACAUUUUUCCAUUACUUUUUGCACUGUAGUUUGUUCAUAAUACAAGGCAAUUUUCUUGGUUAUCCUCA